AUGACUGCUGUAGUUUGUCGAAAGAGAUCUUUCUUGGAAGAUAUUCAAUCGCCGUCUCCCCUGCCCAUCACCAAGAAGCUCCGCUGCUUUUCCCUGCCUCAUCCCGUUCAGGUUUCACCGCAGCAGCAGCGGCCAACCUCGCCAACCCUUCUUGAUCGGCUGAUAAUUGCUUUUCCUGACAUGGAUCGUGAGCUUCUUGAGAAAGCAGUGGAAGAAUGCGGCAGUAGCGACUUGGAUUCCACUAUUAAAAAGCUGCAUGAGCUUCGCCUUGGAUGUCAAGCAACCAUGUCGAGAGAUGUUUGCACGGCGAGCAAUAUUCUUCCGGUCGAUGGAGCGGGAUGGGUGGAACUGUUGGUGCAGGAGAUGAUGAAAGCUACGAGCAUAGAGGAUGCCAGAUCCCGUGCCACGAAGGUCUUGGAGAGCUUAGAGAAAUCCAUCAGUGCCCGUGUCCGAGCCGAUGCAGCAGAGGUUUUUGACAAGGAACAGAUUUCGAUGAAGGAGAAAAUUCAAGGGAUUGUGAAAGAGAAUGGGAUUCUGAAAAGGGCUGUGGCCAUCCAGCAUGAAAGGCAGAAGGAUUACGAUGGAAGAAAUCAAGAAGUGUAG